AUGGGUGUUUCGACUUCUCAAUACUUUGAUCGUAAUGAUGCCUUUGCAUACAUCAAGCUGCACUAUCGGCAGGUUCAAUUACGUGCCACUUUAAAAGGCAUGCUUACAUGGGUACAAUUGACAGAUGAAGUGAAACGUAGUCUUCACGCGCAACAUAAUGCAUUCGUGACAUCGACUACAACCGCUUCAGCCGUUCAGCAAUUCAUUAUGGCAACAAUGGACAACUUCAUGACGGCACAAGUAACUACAACUAACUUUACAACAUCUACAAUACAAGCGAUACCGUCAACAACGAUGCCAACGUCAUUUUAA